UCCGGGAAUGCUGGGUUGUUUACAUUACUGGCACACGGGUCAGGAGUGUGGCGGUGAGAGGGGCCUAGUGCAGACACUGUCUGAAAACACGUACACUUCUCGACUGGCUCUCCAGCACACGAGCUGUCUCGCUCUCUCUCUCUCUCUCUCUCUCUCCGAAAGAAAAAAACUUUUUUCUGCGGUUUUCAUACGGUGCCACGUAAGAAGAGAGGCCCGCCGAGUCCACUUUUAGGAGCGACCUUGGGGAGAAAAGGGAGAGUGAAAACAAAGACAACCGCCAUAACCAUUAGGAGAAACUUCCAACGUGAAGGAGGAAUAGCUUAGCAACAGAGUCCCACUUCCUGCGGCAGCGGCAGCCAGCGGGGCCCACCACAGAAGCCACAGCAGGCUGAUGACACCAAACCAGAGUCGGAGCCAAGCUUGAUUUUUGUGGAGCCACAUUCCCAUGGGACCACUAUUGAGGUGUAAAGGAUAGAGCUCCUAACACCAUGGAUAUGGACACGCAGCCACAAGGACAGCAAGCAGCCGUUCCAAUCUUCCAACCCCAGAAACCACUGCAACCAGACAUGGGCCACAACUCCCUGGCAAACUUCCAGAUUGAGAAGAAAAUUGGACGUGGCCAGUUCAGUGAGGUGUACAGGGCGAGGUACCUGUUGGACAACACCGCAGUGGCCCUGAAGAAAGUUCAGAUAUUCGACUUGAUGGAUGCCAAAGCUCGGCAAGAUUGCAUCAAAGAAAUAGAUCUCCUUAAGCAAUUGAACCACCCAAACGUGAUAAAGUACCAUGCGUCUUUCAUUGAGGACAAUGAGCUGAAUAUAGUCCUGGAGCUAGCCGAUGCAGGGGACCUCUCACGUAUGAUCAAGCACUUUAAGAAGCAGAGGAGGCUCAUCCCAGAGAGAACAGUGUGGAAAUACUUUGUCCAGCUCUGCAGUGCGCUCGAACAUAUGCACUCUCGGAGAGUCAUGCACAGAGAUAUCAAGCCAGCCAAUGUCUUCAUCACAGCUACAGGAGUAGUGAAGCUAGGAGACUUGGGACUGGGACGAUUUUUCAGCUCCAAAACAACCGCUGCUCACUCACUAGUGGGUACUCCUUACUACAUGUCACCGGAGAGGAUACAUGAAAACGGAUACAACUUCAAAUCUGACAUCUGGUCGCUAGGAUGCCUGCUCUACGAGAUGGCAGCCCUGCAGAGUCCGUUCUAUGGGGAUAAGAUGAACCUUUACUCCCUUUGUAAGAAGAUAGAACAGUGCGAUUACCCCCCUCUUCCCUCAGAUCACUACUCAGAGGAGCUGAGGAACUUGGUAGAUAUGUGCAUCAACCCUGACCCAGAGAAGAGGCCGGACAUCACCUACGUGUACGACAUUGCCAAACACAUGCAGAACCUGACACAGGGCAGCUAAGCCCAGAGUCUCACACACAUAGCUUGCAGAAGUCCUCCCCAUUUCUCUCCUUGCUUUUCAUGCUCGACUCUUUUAUACAAUUUAGCUUUUUGUGAUAAGUAGUAUGUGGAACAGAUUUAUUUUCAAGGUGAUGCAGUUUACAAAAUGACUGACAUCCAAACCUUUUCUGCCCUAGGAUAAAGAUUUUAAAGAUUAUAAGUUUUUAUCAGAUGAACCUCCAAUUCCUUAGACUUCAAUAUUGUUACAGCACUGAAUAUCAGUGUAUUGUAACUUGCUGAUGUGUUGUUUGCUAUUGCUUUAGAAUGCGUGUCCUCUGUAUUCCCAUGUAGUGAAGUAAAGCCGCUAUUUAAAGAUAUACUGGAGAAUUGGAAUGCAAAUAAAAUGUAAGGGAAAGUUAGACAUUACCUGUUCCCUAUCCUCAAAACCGUUAAUCAAGACAAAUGUCAGGAAUACAUUCAAAAUAAAUGACCUUUUAGAGUUUGGAAGGAGUCAUGAGACCUUUGGUCAGCAGCAAAAGGAACACAAAAAAGACAAUAAAAACUAAAAAAAACAAUAGUUAAAUUGGAGUGAAGAGAUUUGAGUGACUUAAGAGUGUUUUUGAUGGUUGAAGUGUUGUUGUGUUGCACUUUUUACCCAUGUAAUGGAAGGCUGGCAGAGUGAUCAUGUCUAAUGAAUGUAUUAGGAAAGGAAGGAUCAUUUAGAGAGUAAACUAGAGAUGUGCCGCGGGGAGAACAUGGGCGAAUGUCUCCACAACACUUUGAAUGUAAGUCAUUUUGACACCUAUGUAUUGUCUUUGAAAAAUUCUGAAUAUCUCUUUUUUUCUUGACAGCCUAGAAGGAGCAGUAGAAGCUUUAAGAAAAGCUGUUUUACGUCUGCUCUUUACCUUUGUCACUGACACCAAAAGAUUUCUUCCUCGGUUCAGCUUAAGGUAUUUUAUUUUGUAAAUCACAAUGAAGACCUGACAAAAAGAAGAAUCUAAAGUCAGAAAGCGUAAUUCUCCAUCAUGGUCCAGUGGCUGCAUUUGACCCCCCAGAAAGUGUGUCUAUGUUGUGUAAGUUUGCAGUGUAGUUGUUUUGUUAAGUAACAAAUAAGUUGAAGAGACAGCAGAUCCUUGCCUUGUGAAGCCGUCCAUGUCGUAAGUAAAUCACAGCGUAACUUAUGUCCUCUGUUGAGAUACCAAAGAGAAAGUCACACAUAGAAAGAGCAGUUUAUAUAUGUUACGGUAUCUUUUAUGAAAAUAAUAUUCUGUUGUGUUGUACUGAAAAAAGCAAGCACCAAUGGUCCUCUUUUGGUUUUACUGUACAUAUUGUUGCGUAGACGUUCUGAUACUGUAGGGUUUUAGAAACCCUUUAUUAAUUUGGUGGAAGGAUACAGUGUUUUCAACAGGUUAUUUCCUUCUCUUUUUUACAGUGAAUAGGUUUACACCAGGGGGCCACACAUAUACAGCACUCACUACCACUGGUUUACAAAAUAACAAUGAUACCACAUGAAAGGUAUAGUAAGUAAUUAAUGAUCAAUUCAGUGUCUUACCAAAAAGUCUUUUCACAUCGUCAAAUAUCCUGUUAACCGCUCAUUGAAAUUAUUGUAAAUGUAUGCCUGUGUUUCUCAUUUCUCUUUUUUUACCUAAUAUUCAAUACUAUUUCCAUGUGUUAUAUUCAAAGUCAAAGCUUAUAGGUGCAAGAAAAUGUAAGUUAUUUUGUUUUGGUCAGCAUAAUAUUUUGAUUAUGUGUUAAUAGUUAUUGCAAAUACAAUUUUACUCCAUAGUCAGUUCUGAAAAUGCCCCAGAAAAGAUUCAAUAUGUAUUGAACGUUGCCUAGUUCGUUAUGCACGUGCAAUAUGCAGUGCAUAGUCAAAUUUGAAUUAUUAUUAUUAUUUGUAAUCCUCCCUAGGAGGCUCAUAGCACACAGUGCAAAGUCACUUUAAGGAUUAUGGCCAUUUCUUAGUAGGGGGCUUUAGUCUUUGUAUAACAUGCGACUGCUCUCCUAUCUCUCAGCUGUUUACCUCGGCUCAGUUUAUUCUUCACCAGGCCCUCUGGGUUUCCCAGAAAUUAAAAAAAUUCGAAUACUAUUUAUGUUUUUUUUGCUGUUUGUUUUGUUUUCUGAUUUCAUGUCAAAUUAAAGACCCUCAUCACAAACUUCUUGUAUACUAACUAAAUGCAAUAAAGCUUUCCAAUUUCUUUCGAUUCA